AUUCCUUCAACCCCGCCACACCACGGCGCUGAGCGUGACGCUUCCCGGUUGCCUCAACCUCUGACGCACCCCUACCAUUGGGCUUGCUAAAAUGGAGGCAAACGACGCAGGCCGGGACCCGGCGGCCGCCCCGGCACAGAAAACCGGUGAUCCGCAUGCGGCCUUCAAACAGUUCGACACGUACCCGUGGACGUUAGAUCGGUCGUUCCUUCAAGGCCUCAUGGCAUCCCUUGGCCCCCUACUCGGUAACAAGACCGAUGGAUUCGCUCGUCAGAAGGCCCUGAGCACCACCCUCCAAGCCCGGAUCUGGUGGUACAAGUCUCGCUUCAACCGCGACAUUGACCGCCUCUCGUACGAGGCCUACUGCCUGGCUAACCCGUCCUUGUGCCCGGACGGUGCCAUCUUAACCAGGCUCGAGGAGAUCCAGCAGCGGAUGGCCAGCUACAGUAGCGGCGACGGCAGCGCUAGAUCUUCGUCCGUCCCGAGCCAGGACGAAGUCUCCAUUCCAGCCUGGCAGCGGAACGCGCCCAAGGUCGACCUCAGCAAGAAGGCCGACGAUGGCACCAUCCACAGAAACACUGGCGACACCGCGCCCUACCCUGAGGACUUCCAGAAUCUGGUCGACGCGGUGUUGACGGGCAAGCCGAUCCCGGGCAUCAAGGAGAUCCCAGACAAGGUCGUCCGCCCUCCGGGCAUCACCCCAUUUGGCAAGAUGAAAGCGCCCCCCAAGCCGUGGGAAAAGAACCGGCCGCUCAAUCCUGACGCGUACGUCAGCAUCUUUGGCGACGUGUUGGACAAGGAGUUCCCGCCCCUUGAGGACGACAAGGCUGUGGCCGACAACAAGCCCGAGGCUGACGACAAGCCCUCGGCCGACGACUAGCGUGCCGGUGACGACAAGCCCACGGCUGACGACAAGCCCGCGGAUGACCAGCACGCAGCGGCCGACAACUCCACGACGGACACUUCUUCGCCGUCGAAGCAGUGAAAAGCUGCCAUUUCUAGCUUUUGUACACACCAACGGUGCAAGAAAGCACCGGCUUGCUCCCAGCUCCAUCUUCCCGUCUUCAAUUGAAGGAAGACUAAUACGAGAGCACGAGCUGAGUUACCCCGUCUUCCCGUCAUGAAUUGAAGGAAGACCCGAGUGUACAAUAGCUGAGUUACGCCGUUCUUCCCGUCAUACAUUGAAGGAAGAUCAGAGCGCACAGCAAGGCGCCCAUUGAGGGCAUGUAUUUGGGCAGGCGUUUGGGCAGUCGUUUGGGCAGGCGUUUGGGCAGGUAUUUGGGCGGGCGGUUUCAUCAAAGCAGUCUAGGCCUUGACUUCGUAAUAAUUCAACUGGAAGUCGAUCGCCAUGGUAGUGC